AUGGCUGAGAACAAAAGACAAGCGGACCUCGAAGCCGAGAUAACAAACAUGGCUAACAAAGCCACAUAUGGUGAAAUCUGUAAUACAGGACCAAGGGAGUUCUUUAAACCAAAACCCCCUGACGAACAAGUACCUGUGGAACCAACAGAACAGAGGUUGGACGCCAUUUACGACAAAGAGCCUCUGGGAUUUGAAAAAGAUCCAGUGACGUCAAGUGCAAAGAUCUUAGCGCAAGAUCCUCUCGAGGAGAUUGAUCUCGGAGAUGGAAGUGCAAAAAGAAUUACCUACAUCAGCGCUAAACUGGACCCCAAGUUAAAAGUGAGAGUUAUUGAAUUACUAAGGAAGAACAAAGAUUGCUUCGCUUGGGAUUACGACGAGAUGCCUGGUUUGAAGAGGGACUUGGUCAAAUUAAAGUUUCCUAUAAAGGAUGGCAAGAAGCCCAUCAAGACCACAAGGUAUGUCGAUUGGAUUGCUAAUAUUGUCCCUGUUAUCAAGAAAAAUGGCUUUUUGCGAGUAUGUAUAGAUUUUCGUGAUCUAAAUGCAGCAACCCCUAAGGAUGAGUAUCCAAUGUCUGUGGCAGAUAUGUUGGUUGACUCAGCCGUAGGCUAUGAAUAUCUCAGCAUGCUUGAUGGAUAUUCUGGCUAUAACCAGAUUUUCAUUGCAGAAGAAGAUGUUUCUAAAACAGCUUUUCGAUGUCCAGGGGCAAUAGGCACUUAUGAGUGGAUAGUUAUGCCUUUUGGCCUAAAAAACGCUGAGGCAACAUACCAGCGAGCAAUGAAUUCUAUAUUUCAUAAUUAUAUAGAGACAUUCAUGCAAGCUGGAGAUUUUCUGGGCUUUGUGGUCCACAAAAAGGGGAUAGAAAUCAAUCAGAACAAGACGAAGCCUAUUAUUGAGACCAAAGCACCAUCAACCAAAAAGGAAUUGCAGUCAUUAUUAGGAAAGAUAAACUUCCUAAGAAGAUUCAUCUCGAAUUUAAGUGGUCGAACUCAAGCCUUCUCUCCCCUUCUGCGCCUGAAACAGGGGAAGUUCGAAUGGAAUGACGAACAUCAAAAGGCAUUCGACAAGAUCAAACAUUAUCUGACAAAUCCUCUUAUAUUGACACCACCAUGUGGAAAGAAGCCUAUGAGACUGUUACUCAAAAAAUUUGAAUACGUCGACAUUAAACAUGUCCCUAGAAUAAAAAACCAAGAGGCUAACGACUUAGCACAAAUAGCCUCAGGGUAUAGAAUUUCAAAAGAGAAGCUAGGAGAACUUGUCGAAGUAAGAGGAAAGGCAAUGGCUGCCAGAUUAUCUCCGACAGAUUUGGAAAGCACCCAGUUAGGAUAUAGUAACAAAGAGGAGUUUGAAGUAUUGGCCAUUGAUACCUUGAUAGAUACAGAUUGGAGGAAUCCAAUUAUUAAUUAUCUCAAGGACCCUUCGACAGACACAGAAAGAAAAACCAAGUAUAGGGCUUUGUCUUAUGUAUUGAUAGGGAAUGAAUUAUUCAAGAAAACCCCUGAAGGGAUCCUGUUGAAAUGCUUAGGAGAAAGCGAAGCUUAG